AUGUAAUUUUUCACGCCUAAAUUCUCCUUUGUGGUGCACAAAACAUUCAAGCAAAAGUUAUUGGCUAGAAAGGAAAAGAGACGUUUCAGGGGAUUAAAUAUAUAUGUCCCUGAGUUUACAGGAGAAGGGUCUAUACAUCCUUGGCUAGAUGCUAAGAGAAUCAAAUUAUUGACCAAAUUCUACGAAGAUCAUCGUAAUAAACAUCGUUUCACAUUCAAACUCUCUUCGGAAGAUAAAAAGAAGCUGAAUGAAGUUAUGUAAAACUAUGCAGAAAUACAUGUAAAAGAUGAGAUUAUUCAUUAAAGUAUUUGAGAAUGCUCUAAGAAAAAUAUUGGCUGGAUAAACAUGCUGAAGUUAUGACAAUAGUGCAAAAGGAAGUGAACAAUCUACCAUACAUCUUGAAAAGCGAAUUGGAUAGAAAAUUAAGUGAAAAGGAAAUGGAAUACUAUGAUCGUCCACACCUUGAACCUGACUCGGUUUAUUUCGAGUAGCGUCUACGUACCUUGCCAGAUGAAGAAGCAUUAAACUUUGAGCUUGCCUAAAGACUGUUUAGGAUAGCACAAGAUAAACUUGCUUAAAAUGAGUGAUUAAUAUAUAUAGACAGUUAAUUAUUUUUUGAAAAUC